UUGGCAAAAAAAGUUUGCGCCAAAUCUGCUUGGUUGUUUAUAGAUUUAUAGUUAUUAAAAAAUAAAAUAAUGGCUCUUUGGGUAGACAAACAUCGUCCAAGAGAGCUGCUGAAGUUGGAUUACCACAAGGAUCAGGCGGAAAACUUGAAAAAUUUAUGUCAACAAGGUGAUUUCCCCCAUUUAAUGUUUUAUGGUCCAUCUGGUGCUGGCAAAAAGACACGCAUAAUGUGCUUACUUCGUGAACUCUAUGGGCCUGGAGUGGAGAGGCUUCGCAAUGAAACAAUGACAUUCACAACGCCAUCAAAUCGUAAAAUUGAAAUUAUGACUGUGGGCAGCAAUUAUCAUUUGGAGGUGAAUCCCUCAGAUGCAGGCAUUUACGACCGAGUCGUGGUAAUAGAUUUAAUCAAACAAGUGGCACAAACCCAUCAAAUCGAUCCGAAUGGCCAAAGAGAUUUCAAAGUUAUAGUGUUGUCUGAAGUCGAUGAAUUAACCAAAGAUGCCCAACAUGCUUUGCGACGCACAAUGGAGAAAUAUGUAGCUACUUGCCGUAUUAUACUAUCGGUUAACUCUACAUCUCGUGUCAUACCGGCCAUUCGCUCCAGAUGUUUGGGUAUACGAGUAGCUGCCCCAAAUCCCGAUGAAAUGACCAGUAUCCUUCAGGCUGUAAGCAAAAGAGAAAAUAUAUCUUUACCAGCAGAAUUGGCUGCACGCAUUGUAGAAAAGUCGGAAAGAAAUAUGCGUAGAGCUAUAUUAAUGCUCGAGGCUUGUAAAGUACAACAGUAUCCCUUUACAAGCCAACAAGAUAUUGUUGAGUUAGAUUGGCAAGUAUUCUUGCGCGAGACAGCAAAUCAAAUUCUAACUGAACAAACUCCUGCAAAAUUGGAAAAAGUUCGUGAUCGGUUGUAUGAGUUGUUGGCCCAAGGUGUACCACCUGAUGUUAUAUUCCAGGGUCUUGUAAAAGAGCUCGUUAAAAAUUGUGAUAUGUCUAUAAAAGCAAAAACAUUGGAGUAUGCCACUUUAUACGAGCACAGAAUGCAGAAUGGUGCAAAACAUAUAUUCCAUCUGGAAGCAUUUGUAGCCCAGUUCAUGAAUAUAUAUAAGAAAUUCAUUGCCGAUUCAAUGAUGAUGGAUGAUUUUUAAUUUAAGGUAAAAAUUUUGUAUUAGUGUUUAUUAAAUUAAUAAAGGCCAGAAUUCCAAGUGUCUAGCGCCAAA